CAAAAAGAGGAAGGGGAGAAGGAGGAAGAAUCAGAAGAUAAAACCAAAGGAGAUAUGCCUACACUUACUAAAGAUGAGAAGGACAAGAAGAGUAAGAAAAAAAAUAAGGAUGAGAAGAAGAAAAAGGAUGGUCAAAAUCAAGAUUCUUCAUCUAAUGAUAGUUCAGAUUCAAGUGAUUCAGACAAUGAUCAGAAGAAGAAAAAUGUGAGC